AUGGACUAUUCUCUAGACAAGUUAGCAGAAAUUUAUGUUAGAGAAAUAGUUAGACUACAUGGAGUUCCAUCAUCCAUUAUAUCUGAUCGUGAUCUAAGGUUUACAUCGAAGUUCUGGGGUAAAUUGCAGGAAGCAUUAGGAACAAAACUGCAUUUCAGCACUGCAUUUCAUCCUCAGACAGAAUGCCAGUCAGAGAGAGAUAAAGUAGGUGAGAGACAAUUAUUAAGUCCUGAAAUUGUUCAACAAAUGGAAGAAAAGAUUAAAAUAGUUAAAGAAAUAUUGAAAGCAGCUGAAGAUAGACAAAAGUCAUAUGUGGGUCUAAAGAGAAGAGAUAUAGAGUAUAAUGUGGGUGAUAAAGUAUUUCUUAAGGUUUGCCCUUGGAAGCAUGUUAUGAGAUUUGGUGGAAAAGGAAAAUUGAGUCCUUGCUUCAUAGGACCUUAUGAAAUACUUGAGAUUUUCCUCUUACUUGAGAGGAUUGGUCCAUUGGCAUAUAAGUUAGCCUUACCACCAGACCUCGAUAAGAUUCAUAAUGUUUUCCAUGUUUUUAUGCUUCGGCGAUAUAGAUCGGACCCUUCACAUAUAUUGCCUUUAGAAUCAAUUGAUGUUAAUCGAGACGUCACAUAUGAUGAAGAACCAGUGGCUAUCCUAGCUAAGGAAAUUAAGCAACUUCGGAAUAAACAGAUUCCCCUAGUUAAGGUGUUACGAAGCCACUCCAGAGGAAGAGGGCUUACUUGGGAACUGAAGAAGAUAUGA